UUGAAAUUAUAUUAUUUUUGAUUAAACUUUACAAAUGGGAACAAGCGGUCUUACAAUUGUUCGUGAACGUAAAGCUAAAAGAGGAAAUAAAACAAGUGCUUUAGGUGGUCCAUCUGAAAGUCAAUACUUUUAUAAAUAUUAUGUUUGUAUUUAUCAACGGUAUGAUGGUUAUGUUGAAGGUUGUGGUUUAGGUACAUGGUUGGUUAAUUUUCUAUGCAAGUUCAAAGACAACUUAAAAAAUGAUCCGUCAUCAUAUCUUAAUACUGGUUCUCUUGGAGCUAAAUUAAUUAAUGAAUUUAUGACAAGUGAAUAUGAUGCACACAUCAUUCCUAUCAUGUCUUUAAAGAAUUUAUUCGCAAUUCCUCCUGAUCAUACAUAUAUAAUUACCACUACAUUAGAUUCAGAAUUUGAUAAUUCCAUCAUGUUGAGCGCGUUACAUGGCGAUGAAAUUAUUCUAACGGCAAGACCAGAAAAUUUUUUGGGAAAGUAUGAGUAUUAUGACACUUUACAAAAGGAUAAAGAUAAGAAAUCAUUUACAGAGAUUGAUUAUGGAGAUGAGGUGGUGAACGAAGGAUAUUUUUCAGAAGAUCAACUUUUUAAUAAAUUUUUGAAAGAUAUACCUUUUGCUUUUACGAUAAAUGGAUUAACCAUUAACAUAGAAAAAUCCUGGUAGCACUUAAGAUACAUCCGGGAUAUUAUUUUUAUAAAUAUCACUUUUACUCUAGUACAAUUCUAACAUAUUUGAAAAUAUUUACAAAGUUUUCAUCUUCAAGCUC